AUGAAUGGUAUUCCGCACUCGCAGUUGGCGCCUCUACCAGUAAGAGUGCCUUUCCGAAUAGUGUCUAAGACGAUCGGCUCAGGAGCAUAUGCAUGCAUCAAACGAGCCGCACCCUUACGAGAGGAUAAUCCGCUGUUUGCAGUCAAGUUUAUCAAUAAGAGAUUUGCCGAGAAACAUGGCCAGAUCAAACAGAAGCAGUUGUUGAUGGAGGCGACCCUACACAAACAUGUUGGUCUUCACCGAAAUAUUAUCGAGUUCUACGAUCAUGGCGAGGAUCCAGCCUGGAUAUGGAUAGCCAUGGAACUAGCUGAGGGUGGUGAUUUGUUUGACAAGAUCGAAGCAGACUCGGGUGUAUCAGAAGAUAUUGCCCAUGUCUACUUCACCCAGCUGAUCAACGGCAUAGCUUACAUGCACUCCCGAGGGAUUGCUCACCGAGACGUCAAGCCCGAGAAUAUCCUCCUCUCCGCAGAUGGUGACCUGAAACUUGCCGACUUUGGCAUGGCCACAUUAUUCGAGUACGGUGGGAGGAGAAAGAAAGCUGUAACUCUUUGUGGCAGUCCCCCAUAUGUUGCUCCUGAGGUGCUCCUAUGUGGCGCUCCAGGUACUACCAAAGGGCCAGGAUAUGCUGCUGACUGUGCCGAUAUCUGGUCCUGUGGUGUCGUGCUAUUCGUGCUAUUGGCAGGCAAUACACCCUGGUCGAAACCUGUCGAAGAGCAAGACGAGUGGGGCAGACCCAACGAGUAUGCUGAGUAUGUUCAGAGUGGUGGGCGACCCCAAGAUGAGCUUUGGGAAGCACUGCCCACUGAGAUCUUGUCCUUGUUGCGUGGAAUGAUGAGAGUCGAUACUCGUUCUCGCUUCAGCUUAGAGGAUGUGCGUCGACAUCCCUGGUUCACCAGAUCGAACCAAUAUCUGAAUCAAAAAGGUCGCCUUAUUGAUCCUAUCAACGUUGCCACCAACAUGUUCCAAUCACUGCAUGUGAGCUUCGAUGUCGAUCCUUUAGCUGACUGUCGGCGACCAUCCAAGCAGGGAGUCGACCGCGAUGCCAUGAAUCUAGAUCUUGCCCAUUACCUCAAACCACCAAUCUACGACAUGUCAUCCAGCCAACCAGUCACUCCAGCCGAAGACAUGUUGUUUGACUGGGAAAGACCCUCUGAUCGUCGCACGCAUGCUCACCUUUCUUCAACCCAACCUGCAAAUCUGCCUCCUCAAACUCUCACAACCGGUUUCGCGGACCGGCCUGCUACCCAAUCGUCGCAAGCUGUGUGGCUCGAAGAUGAGCCAACUUUAUCGCAAUUUACUCGAAAUCCACAAGUGCCCCUGUCUCGCACCCAGCUCGCUCGCAACUUUCGAGACAUAUUGCCUGCCACACCUCUUACCAAAUUUUAUUCGAUCUAUACACUCAACUUACUUAUGCCACUCCUCCUCGAGUCUUUAACACGAUUAGCCGUACCUGUACCUUCCAAUCUGGCUACUCGAAAGUUCUCAGCGCAGGACACAGAGAGCCUGAUCAAACUCAAGACAGUCGAUGGAAGAGGUUGUCAGCUUUCAGGUUCGAUAAUGGUCGAGACUGCUGCUGAAGGUCUCAUAGAGGUGGAAUUUGUCAAAGCUUCAGGAGAUCCACUGGAGUGGCGAAGACUGUUCAAGAAAGUUGUCGUACUGUGUCAGGAUGCAGUCUAUAGACCAGAGGAAUAA